AUGGCCAGCCACGUGGACCUGCUGACUGAACUGCAGCUGCUGGAGAAGGUGCCCACGUUGGAGCGGCUGCGCGCCGCCCAGAAGCGCCGGGCCCAGCAGCUGAAGAAGUGGGCGCAGUACGAGCAGGACCUGCAGCAUCGCAAGCGCAAGCAUGAGCGGAAGCGCAGCACGGGUGGCCGGCGAAAGAAGGUGUCCUUCGAGGCCAGCGUGGCCCUGCUGGAGGCCUCGCUUAGGAACGACGCCGAGGAAGUGCGCUACUUCCUGAAGAAUAAGGUCAGCCCUGAUUUGUGUAACGAAGAUGGACUCACCGCCCUGCACCAGUGCUGCAUCGACAACUUUGAGGAAAUUGUCAAGUUGCUCCUUUCCCACGGUGCCAACGUGAACGCCAAGGACAACGAGCUGUGGACGCCUCUACAUGCCGCGGCCACCUGCGGCCACAUUAACCUGGUGAAGAUCCUCGUUCAGUAUGGAGCCGACUUGCUCGCUGUCAACUCUGAUGGGAACAUGCCCUAUGACCUCUGUGAGGAUGAGCCCACCCUGGAUGUCAUCGAGACGUGCAUGGCGUACCAGGGCAUCACCCAGGAGAAAAUCAACGAGAUGCGGGCAGCUCCCGAGCAGCAGAUGAUUUCAGACAUUCACUGUAUGAUCGCAGCUGGCCAGGACCUUGACUGGGUAGAUGCCCAGGGGGCCACACUGCUGCACAUAGCUGGAGCCAACGGAUACCUGCGGGCAGCCGAGCUUCUCCUGGACCAUGGUGUACGCGUGGACGUGAAGGACUGGGAUGGCUGGGAGCCCCUGCACGCGGCUGCCUUCUGGGGACAGAUGCAGAUGGCGGAGCUGUUGGUGUCCCAUGGGGCCAGUCUCAGUGCUAGGACGUCCAUGGAUGAGAUGCCAAUUGACCUGUGUGAAGAGGAGGAGUUCAAAGUCCUGCUGUUGGAGCUGAAACACAAGCAUGAUGUGAUCAUGAAGUCGCAGCUGAGGCAUAAGUCAUCUUUGAGCAGGAGGACGUCCAGCGCGGGCAGCCGAGGGAAGGUGGUACGUCGAGCCAGCCUGUCCGACAGGACCAACCUGUACAGGAAGGAGUAUGAGGGAGAGGCUAUACUCUGGCAGCAGCGGAGCGCAUCCGAGGAUCAGCGGAACUCUACCUACAACGGGGACGUCAGGGAGACCAGGACAGACCAAGAGAAUAAGGACCCGAACCCCAGGCUGGAGAAGCCCGUGCUGCUCUCCGAGUUUCCCACCAAGAUCCCACGCAGCGACAUGGACGUGCCUGUUGAGAACGGCCUCCGGGCUCCGGUCAGCACCUACCAGUAUGCGCUGUCCAACGGGGACGUCUGGAAAGUGCACGAGGUGCCCGACUACAGCAUGGCCUAUGGCAACCCUGGCGUGGCCGACGCCACCCCGUCCUGGAGUGGCUACAAGGAACAGAGCCCCCAGACGCUUCUGGAGCUGAAGAGGCAGCGGGCUGCGGCCAAGCUGCUCAGCCACCCCUUCCUGAGCACCCAUCUGGGCAGCGGCGUGUCCAGGACGGGUGAGGGAAGCAGCGAAGGCAAGGCCCCCUUGAUCGGAGGCAGAACUUCUCCGUACAGCAGCAACGGGACCUCGGUGUAUUACACGGUCACCAGUGGAGAUCCCCCGCUCUUGAAGUUCAAGGCCCCCAUAGAGGAGAUGGAGGAGAAGGUCCAUGGCUGCUGCCGUAUCUCCUAG